AUGCGUGCAACGGCAGUGACAGCGCUGCUGUUUGUGGUUGGUGGCAGUGUGCUGUGUGCUGCUGUUCAGCCGCCGUGGCGAGCGUCUUCCAAGCUCACGUCCAUUGCACCAAGAUCAAGGUUACAAGCGCGGGCGCUCGCUGUCAUGUGCUCGUACGUGAGCAUCAACGGCGUGCCCUCGUGUGCGAACAACAUGCUGCUCAACGACAUUACGACGAUGCGAUUUGCAAACAUGGUCGACACCAACACGUACGCCCGCGACCCCGUCGAUGACGUCGCGAAAACGCUGAACCGCGGCGCGGAUACGGAGUUCAGGGAGACAUACUUCACCACAAACGGCUGCUUGGAGCAGGUUGUGCAGCAGAACCGCACAACAGUCCACACGGUGCACAACGCCUUGUGGCAGGCAUCGAUGAGUGCACGGCCUGCGGACCCAACCCUCACCUCCAGUAACGGCCGCUGCAUCAGCGAGUGCCCCGACGACGGCAAGUAUAAGCUCGGCCAACGGGUGUGCCGAAUGCCACUCCACCAGACGCCACCGACUGCCUCAACCUCUGCGACGGCAACCUCACCAGUCGUGCAUUGCCGAUUGCCCUCUCGAUUACUUCUACGCCAAGGACCACCGCUUCGUGCCAUGCACCAUGUGUGGCAUGGGCACCUGGGCCUCCACCCCAUGCUCCGUGUCCUCCGACGCCAUGUGCUCUCCCUGGACCGAGUGCAAGCCAGGCCCAGAAGGAGUUCGUCUGUCUCUGGCAGUGCCGUGCGCGACCGCUCGUGCGUGAGCUGCACCCUCGGCAUGGAGUACCAGCCGCUGCCGGACCGCGCCUCGUGCUUCCCCACCAGCGUGUGCGAGGAGCCCUUCAUCGAGACCAUCCCGUCCACGCUCACCACGGACCGCCUCUGCUCCUGCGACACGCUCACCUGCAACAAGCUCAUCACGCAGCUGUUUGAGGAGAUGGUGUGCGCCGAGGCCAUGGACGAGCAGCUCGACGUGGUGCUUGACGUGUGCUGUUCCGGCCAGGGCGAGGAUGGCAUCCGCGACACCAUUCGCCAGAUGGAUGCCGACGAGGCACGCCGCUCCUGCCCAGGCUGCACAGACACGUGCGAGUGCAGCGCAGGCUUCAUCCUCGUCUACGACGCCGAUUCGGCCGACUGUCGGCCGUGCGACAGCGUGACGGACAAGUGCGCACCCAUUGAGGAGUACGAGCGCGGCCAGGAGGAGAUGUCCGCGCCAACCCGCUGUUCCUUGGACCGCGUGUGCCGCGACUGCCCGGCCGGCACCAGUGACGGCUCCACGGCUUCACCCGCCGCGCAGGCACCAACGACCACCACGACAGCGAUCCCGCCACCCACGCCGUGCAAGGAUGUCACAGAGUGCGCGCCCGGGUCUGAGGAGGUGCAGGGCGUGACCCACCUCAUCAGCGACCGUGUCUGCGACAAGUGCCCUAAGGGCACGUACAAGGCCGUUUCUGGCCAGGGCGUGCCCUGUCUCCCCGUCACCACUGAUCGCGUGUGCAGCCAGUGCGAGCUUGGUGCCACCUUCAAGCCCGUCGACGGCCAGGCCGAGUCGUGCCGCCCCGUCACGCAGUGCGAUGAGGAUGAGGAAGGGAUUCGCUUUGCGAGCCCACGCGCCAGCACGGCCGCCUCUGCCGCAACGCACAUUGGCACGGGGCAGGCACAGGAGUAG